CAAAUGAAUGAAAAUUAACAACACCGUGAAUCAGAGACCGAACUGAGACUUUUCAAGAGGACUACUCGUCUUGCGUAACACUUGAGACUUCUACUGUGAAGUAUAAACUGCACGCCCUUCGGAAAUGACUUGUUGCGAAACGUUACGCAGGGGAAGGGUGCAAGAGGCUGAACCAGCGUAAAGUCACAUCACGAGUGGGCAGCUUGUAGGCGUCUAAAACUGCAAAGCUAGGUUAAAAAACGUGUCCUCACGCUCAAAAUUCGGGCGCGCUGCUACUCACCCACGAAACUGUCACGCAGGGCGUGGUUUUGAGACGCAUAACUUACCCAGAAAUUUAAGAAGAAUCCGCUGCCGUCUGGUCAAAAGCUGCUGCGUUGGAUGGACGCCUUCCUUCCGGCUUCAAGAGAUCGGUUCCGUAAAAGGCAGGGGAAAGCAGUCAUGCACAGUGAUCCUAGAUGAGGUGGAACGGAAGAGGUACAGGAUUGUAGUUGUAGCACCACGCACAUGAAACAGUCUCCUCUUUCUAUAUAAAAUACCCCCGGAGCGUGGCUGCGGCGGUCUGAGGAUCUGAGGGCAUCUGCUCACCGACGUCAAGAGCCACCGUUUCCAGUCAGGAGUAGAAGCACGUCCAAGAGCUACAGCUUCGCCUCGAGGACGCGUUCCUGGCCGAAGAUUGUGAGAUACGUGAACUUCCGUGAACGCCGCAAGAUGGCCUCCCAGUGUGCGGUUUGUGAAAAAAUGUUCGCAUCUCCUUCAGCCGUUUCUCUGCACGCUAGAAUCCACGCCAGGGACAAGCCCUUCAAGUGUGCGGUCUGCCAGGUGAAGUUAAUCGCAAAAGGUUCCCUUCAAAUGCGCCUUUGCACUCACACUCGGGAGAAGCCUUUUCAGUGUAAGGUUUGCAAUGAGAAGUUCACAGUCAAAGGAUUCCUGCAAGCGCACUUUCAGACUCACACAGGUGAGAAGCCUUUUGAGUGUAUGGUUUGCAACAAGAAGUUCACUUCUAGACCACACCUUCGAAGGCACGUUGAAACAAUUCACACUGACAAGAAGCCUUUUGAGUGUACGGUUUGCAACAAGAAGUUCACUUCUGGACAAUACCUCCGAGAGCAUGUCAAAACUCACACUGACAAGAAGCCUUUUGAGUGUACGGUUUGCAACAAGAAGUUCAGUUCUGGACUAUACCUCCGAAAGCAUGUCAAAACUCACACUCGUGAGAAACCUUUUGAGUGUACAGUUUGCUACAAGAAAUUCGCCCGUAAAAGAGACCUUCGAGUGCACGUUGAAACUCACACAAGCGAGAAGCCUUUUGAGUGUACGGUUUGCAACAAGAAGUUUACUUCUGGACAAUACCUUCGAACGCAUGUCAAAACUCACACUGGCGAGAAGCCCUUUGAGUGCACUGUUUGCGAUAAGAAGUUCACCCGAAAAGACAACCUUCGAAGACACGUCGCUACCCACACUGAGGUAAAGCCAUCGGUGACCUGAAGAAGCAGUCCGUCGAGACAAUUUUAGUUUGAUUCUUUGCAGUGUGAAGCUAGACUGUGGUUCCAUUCGCAGAAUGUGGCUCCAACAAGGUUAGCCUAUUUAUUUAAAUCCCUUGCGUUUUUGUUGUUUGUUUUCAUUUUGUUCUUUCGGUGAGUGGAAGUAUGCUCCGAAUGGAAUACAGUGUCUUGUAGUCACAUGUUGCUGAAUUCGAUGGAAAUGGGAGUGAUGUAAUGUGAUACAUUAUUACAAGAAUACUAGUUGUCGGUUCCGUUUAUAAGCUAUUAACGACGCUUUUGACAACAUUACAAAUUAUCUCAAUGUGUGUAAAAUUUUGUUUUCACGAUAUUCUUAUUAAAA